CCGCCGUAACAGUGAUGAAACCUGUUUUUAGAAUCGCCCUGAAAAGAGAUUUAUUUAUCAUGUGAUCCAAGAUGUCGUCUACAUAUUCCUUGCAACAGCGAAUGGACGAUUUAGAAAAAAGACUUAAAUCAGAAAAUGACAGAGCUCGGCGGUUAGUUGGACCUAGUGAAUUAGGUAUCUAUACACGAGCCGGAGAAUCAGCUAAUCCCAGUCCACGGAGACCAAGACAGUUGCUGAAAUAGAGAGAAGAUACAAAGAGAUAAUGAGUCAGACAGGAAUUCUCACAAUGGAAGGACAGAAAUACCCAACAGAAAUCAGUGAUCUGGAACAUUUAGGAGAACUUGGUCAUGGGACGUGUGGCCAUGUGGUGAAGAUGAGACAUAAGAGGACGAAUCAUCUGAUGGCUGUCAAACAAAUGAGAAGAUCUGGAAACAAAGAAGAAAAUAAAAGAAUAAUCAUGGAUUUAGACGUGGUCAUUAAGUGUCACGAUUAUCCCUUUAUAGUGCAAUGUAUUGGAACCUUUAUUACUGAUAGUGAAGUGUGGAUCUGUAUGGAACUCAUGUCUACCUGUUUAGACAAACUCUUAAAGAGAACCAAAAGACCGAUUCCAGAGGCAAUUCUAGGAAAGAUGGCUGUGGCGAUUGUGAAAGCAUUAAAUUAUCUGAAAGAAGAACAUGGAGUCAUACAUAGAGAUGUGAAGCCAUCCAAUAUCCUGUUAGAUGAGAGGGGUACUGUCAAGUUAUGUGACUUUGGUAUCAGUGGCCGCCUUGUAGACUCAAAGGCUAAGACGAGGAGUGCAGGAUGUGCAGCUUACAUGGCGCCUGAGCGGAUAGACCCGCCUGACCCACUCAGACCAGACUAUGACAUCCGGGCAGACGUUUGGAGCCUGGGCAUCACAUUGGUUGAGCUGGCAACAGGAGAAUUCCCCUAUAAGAACUGUAAAACUGACUUUGAAGUAUUAACAAAAGUCCUUCAAGAAGACCCACCUCUACUGCCCCCUUCAACGGAAUUCUCACACGAGUUCUGUUCAUUUGUUAGAGACUGUUUAACUAAAGAUUAUAAGAAGAGACCCAAGUACAAGAAACUAAUUGAACACAAGUUCAUUAAAAAAUACGAGAAGGAGGAAGUAGAUAUAGCAGCUUGGUUCUCUGAUGUAACUCUUUUAAUGGCCGUCCAAUGUAGGUCUUGAUACAGCUGCAGAUGGACAGAGACUAAAGUAAGCUCUGUUUAGGUCCUUGGGACAAUGCUGGUCACCGGUCACCACAGCUUAAAUCCUUGGGACAAUGCUGGUCAUUGGUCAGCACAGCUUGAAUCCUUGAAACAAUGCUGGUCACUGGUUUGCAUAGCUCAAACCUUUGGAAUGUUGGAAGCUGGUCAGUACUGUAUAAAUACUUUAAAAAAUGUUGACCACUGGCUAGCUCAGUUUAGUUCCUAGGGCCAUUGCUCCAUACUGGUCAGUUCUGUGUAGAUCCUGGGAAGCCAUGCUUGAGACUGGUCAGUCCAGACCCUCAGGACAUUGUUGGGCAGAUCUCAGUACCUGAGAGGUCUUUGUGUUGGAUACAGGUCAGUACUAUAGAGAUCCUUUGAAUAAUGAUGGUCACUGAUCAGUACUAUAUAGACGCUUAUGACCACUGGUAAGCACACUUUUGAUCCUCAGGACAAUGCUGGACAUUACUGAACAAUGGCCAGCCUACACAUCCAAUCAUAACACUGUGUGCUGCUCAAAGGAAAUCAAAGACUUCAUCACUCAUCGUAAAACCCAGGAUUUGACGGGAACACCACUCGAUAUUGUGUUUAAAUUGAUGUGCUUCUACAUAUUGACUUUGAUUGUGAUAUCGAUUGUGCGAUAUUUUUAAUCUAAGUCAUUUCAGAAAAUGUUUAAAUAUUUUUUAGCACACCUGUGAGCUAUUGCCGUCCGUCUGCACCCAUCGUGUGUCAUCUGUCGUCCAUCUUCACCCAUUCUGCAUCAUCCACUAUCAGUUGUGCGUAAACUCGAUAAUUAUAGCUACCUCUCUGAAAUCACCAAAUUGAUUUCAACUAAAUGUGGUAAGAAGUAUUAGGUUAAGGGGAUCAAAGCUUCCUCAAUAGGUACACUUACCCCACAUAGAGGCUCAGGAUCAAAAUGGUUAAUUAUAGACAAUUUUCUCCCCAGUAUCUAGAAAAAGCAGAAUUCAGCUGCUGGAGUUGUAGGAACAUCCGGCCACAAUGAAUAGGAAGUUUCCUCAUGUCUUUUCUCUCAAACCCAUAAUGAGGCUUCACCAAGUGCUCAACCAUUACCUAGGAUUUUAAAGAGAAAAGCUAAGAAUGCUUCUUCUGGGAAAGAACUGAAUAGAUUCUAACCAAAAAUUUAUUUAGGAUAAGGGCAUUCCUAAUUUAGUGCCCCUGCCUUUUAAUGAGGUAACCUACUGUCUAGGGGCAUGUAAUGAAGUGAUACAUUUUCCUCAUAUCAAGUCCCCUUCCAACUCCUACCAACUACUUCACGGACCGCACCAAGGUUUCAGUUAUAAAGAACAAAUUGACUUUUUUUCUACAGAAAGUUCGGAAUAUGUUUUAAAUUUGGUGUAAAUAAUUCUUUUAACAAAGGGCUAUCGUUUAUGUCAGUGUAUUGACCUAAUACAUUUGACCCCAAAUGUGACACUACCAAGGUGGCAAAACAUGCAUGGGUACCGGACAAAUAUUAAUAAAUGUUUGCAAGAUAAGGUCAAAGCCAUCUUGGAUGUCUUUUUUCAACCUUAAACACCUUUACUAAAAUUCUACUAAGCUACACUAUUUCAUGGCGGUGAGCAUUAAGACCCAUGGGAAAUCCUCUUGUGGUUUUUUAUGUGAAGCUUUACCUGUAAAAAAAAAAAAA